ACGGUAGCCCAGCGGCGGAGCUCCAUCGGAUUGUUUGCUGACCGAGGUUUGAAGCACUCAGCGGAGCGAUGUUAAACCUAUCAAAUGUGCGCGCUUGAAACACGCUUCUACGCGCUCACUUCCCUGGACUAAAACCGCAACUCUAGCUCCUGCUUCGUUUCACUAACGUCAACCCAAAGAGUUACCAGCAGCAGGGGUUAGGAGCUAGGCGCAAACCCCUGCUCCCUCUUUGCCUGCGAGCCUUUCGACCCUAUCUGUGCACAAUGAGCAACAAGCAGCACCCGCCACUGAUGAAGAAGCACAGCCAGACGGACCUGGUUAGUCGCCUGAAGACCCGCAAGAUCCUGGGAGUGGGGGGAGAGGAUGACGACGGCGAGGUCCACCGCUCCAAGAUCAGUCAGAUGCUGGGCAAUGAGAUUAAGUAUACAGUGAGGGAGCCUUUCGGAAUCAGGUUGUGGAUCCUCAUCUCAGCAGUGACAUUCUCUGUCAUGGCACUGGUGGCCUUGGUGUUCCCCAAUCAGCUCUACGAAGUCGUCUUCGAGGAGGAACUCUCGACGACAAACAUCUCCAUCCGGCUCUAUGGCGGGGCCCUUCUCAGUCUGUCCCUCGUCAUGUGGAACGGGGUCUACACGACCGAGAAGGUCAUUAUCCAGUGGACUCUGCUCACCGAAGCCUGCUACUUUGCUAUUCAGUUUCUAGUGACGUUCAUUACCCUGGCGGAGCUCGGGGUCAUGCCCAACACUGCGGUGCUUCUGCUCCUCAGCCGGCUGCUGUUCUUGGUGGUGACACUGGCCUACUACUACCACCUGGGACGCAGGAACAAGAAGAUGUGAUGCCGCCUACUCUUUACUUGUGGAGGACACAGUUGAGCGCUGAUUUUUACACACACGCAGAGAUGCACGCACACAUCUACACACACACAUGCCUGAUCACACCUACACGCACACACACAUGCACACGCUUGCACGCACACAUCUACACACAAAAACAUGUGCGCACAUACGCAGGUAGGCACACACACAUACUCAAGCACACACCUAGACACACAUUCCCAAACACAACUACACACACGCACGCACACGCACAUACUUACCCACACACACAGACGAGUGUUGCUUGGAUGAUUUCUGGUCCGACGCCAUUGGGGGGGACUUUGAACGCCCAAUUCAACAUCGCCACCAAUCACAGCACGGCACUAAUCAGUGCCGUGUGAUUAGUGUAGGCGUUUGACCUCAUGGUCAUGGUGAACGAUCUCUUGAUGGACCAUGAGAGCAAUGCGAACACACUGCUCCUCUGUGCAGGUCCCCGGCCUAGGUUUGAUGUUGUAAAGCGUUUGCUAGAUGUUUAUAUCGAAGUUUCCUUUGUCCUGGUCAUUUAGUUUGCUAUGAACGUGGCGUAAUUGCAUAGCGGGUCCAAUGGCUUAGUACACAGAAUGUUGAGCGGUUUCGCUCUGGCUUUGGGUUGGGACAACAAUAAUCAUGUUCUGUCCCAGAGCUCAUGUUUACUGGGAGCUGUUGGUUGUAAACUGGUUUUACAAAAGCAUGGCUUCCUGCAGCAUUUUUCGAAGACCAAUUGUUGUGUGCUGUAAUGUUUGUAUUCCAUUGACGUGUUAAAGAUUAGUAGUAUUAUUAUGGGCACUAAGAUAAAGCAUAAACAACCGUUCUCCCAUUUCCCUUUCAACGCUUCAAACCAUACACAGAUAUGGACAGUGCAUAUUCUAAUAGAUGUGUCUCAAAUGCAACGUAAUAGCUCCUGUAAAACAAAAAUGAGGUCCAAACAGACAAAGGUCUUUGUUGAUAUUUAAGCACCAAAGUAGCAUCAGAUCCAAUGGUCUGAUACAAAAAUGUUGAACAUAUUUUGCAGGUUCUUAAUCUAACAAGUUCUACUAUUAAUCGAUGAGCUGCUUUUAAUUUGGCUGUAUCAAAAGAAACUGCGUCCAAAAAUGUAUUAAACUGGUCAGAAGAUUAUAGGCCUGCCCUUGAUUAAUCUGGUUUUAUAGCAACAAUAUUGGCUAAUGUCACAAGCCGAGCAUGCUGAAUCCUAGUUCCAUAUCCUUUCAUGUAGCAUUGUUUUUUUCACUCACCACAUAUCUUAAGCCCUGCCUUAAAACCGUUUAAAGAAACAGUCUUAUUUCCUGUAAAUAUAUCAAUAUAAAUAAGUACAAUACAGUAUAAUACCGCAUUGGUGUCCCUUGAGGCAGAACAGGGAAUUUGUAUAUUUACAGUCUGAAUAAUCACACUUAUUUUUGUUUUUGUUUUAUUGUUUUAUUGAUAGUUUUGUGUCAGCAGGAGUCUGUUAUUUAAACCUAUUUGAUUGGCAUUUGUGUUUUAGAUGUUACAAUAUUUGGCAUGCCAUGUACUUCACUGUAUACAGAUAUUUAGCGGAGUUUAAAACCAACGACACAACCACACUAUUAUCAGAAGAAGUGGUGAAUAUCUACUGUUUAUGUAAUGGUAGUGAGUAGACAAAUUAGAUUUGGAGAAAUGAAACGCAGAAUAUCUUCAUUAAUUUAAUAUUAUGCUGUGUUAAUUAAGCUUCUUGUAAACAUGUGCUUUACUCCUAACAGUGUUCUCCAGUGAUUUUACUUUUACUUUUUUUUGGUUAAACACUACCUCCCAAUAUAGCCCCAUUCUCCACACCCAUCCCAGCAAGUUCAUGUUUUAGAUUCCUGCCAACAAACACGCUCUCAUGUUUUUUUGCUGCUGGGCACCAUUCAUUACCAGGACAGCGCACCAAGCCAGAGUUGGACUUUGACUUCAUGUUGAACACAACAGUCGUUUCAACUGCCAGUCCUUUGCUAAAAGGGAGUAGUCGGACUGGGUUUAACUCCCUCAACUCAGGGUAGCUGUGGGUUUGCGGUUGAGUUUUCUCCUGCGAGCAAGGCAGCCGUGCCUACUACUUGAUCCAGCGCACGGGGCCGACCCAGGACAGGAGGAACAUGGGUGAAGUCUCCCCAUGUUCCUGCAGGGUAGCAAUUACUCUCUUUUGGCUGCUAUUUAAUUAGACACACACGGGUCGUCUGACUGACAUCGUACGUCCCGGCCUGCCCGCCCUGUCCCUCCAUGGCAUAAUUAUGCAUCCGAGUUAAAUGUCGUCCCUGGUCUCCAAUCAUCGACCGGCCCUAAUGUAAUGUUUAAAUUACAGGGGAUCGGAGGGUCGGUUCCUCUUCAGGAUUGAAAGAAGAGAAAGGUCUCCCAUAUGGGCCUGCCUAUUUCAUUUUGGGAUAUUAAUCUGUGCCCCUCGUUUUUUUUUAUUUUUCAAAUUGACAAGAGUCAAAUCUAUGAUUAAUCAAGUUCCCUUUUUAUUAUUUUGAUUAAUCAGUUCUGAUGUGAAUCCAUUCGGUAGGGUAUUGUGUGCAACAAAUCAGGUGGAUUUGUUUCAUAAUGUAGCAUCUUGGUGUUUGGUCUUUAUUGUACUACACAUAAAAAAUGGUUGAUUGAUAUGGAAUUCCAGUAUUUAGUUUGAAAUAAAGAAAACCACUGUUUAUUUUGUAGACUCUCAAAAA